UGAUUCCUAAGCAGCUGGGAACCUGAGGCUGUAAAAGGGGCUGCAGGAAAUGGACUGCAGUGUAAAAUCCAGAAGCAGAAUUGGAAGGUUUAACCACUGACCCAUUUCACAGGUACUAUAUAGCACAUUUUAUUUGCCAUUCUCUUUUUGAUGGACAUUCGUUGUUCCCAGUUUUUCAACUUAUAGACAAUGCUGCAGGUAAAUUCUGAAUGUCUCAUGCAUCCAUGGACCAAAAGAUGGAGUUGGUUUUUAUUUUUAAAAAUAGAUUAUCAGUGAUAUGAUAUGACUGUAAAUACUCGAUGAAGUUGCAUGGACUCAUCAUCAGGACUGCAAAUUUCAUAGAGACCAUAGUUGGAUUCCAGUUAUAUUCUUCAAUCAAAGUGAUUCAAUCCUUUGAUAAAGUUAAUUUUGAAGAGUUUUAUGUUUAUGAACGACGCCAAAAGAUGGGAGAAAAAAAUGGCAUCCAUCCAGAGUGUCAACAGGGAAGCAACACCUCUUCUGAGGCUGCAGUGGUGGCAGCAUCCCUAAUUAGCCAGAGAGUCCCUUUGGGUGAUGCAAAAACUUUCUGGAUGGAGCUGGAAGAUGAUGGAAAAGUGGAUUUCAUAUUUGAACAAGUGCAAAAUGUGCUGCAAUCACUGAAACAAAAGAUCAAAGAUGGGUCUGCCACAAAUAAAGAAUAUGUCCAAGCGAUGAUUCUCGUGAAUGAAGCAACCAUAAAUAACAGUUCAACAUUGAUAAAGGAUCAUACAUCUGUGACCCAGAAUGAACAGGAAAACAAAUCAGGUUCAUUGCCCUCUACAUCAUAUGAAGACUCCUUUCCAGAAGCCUGUACAUUUCUGUCCACAAAAAAUAAGGAAAUUCCUCCUUGGGCAAAUAAGGUUCCAUACAUCAGAGAAAAGAAAUCAUCUUUGAAUCUAUCUUACCGAAGUCAUGAUUGCUCUCGAACUUGUCUAAUGAAAGUACCACUAACCUUCAAGGGAGAAAACCCUCUGCAGCUACCAAUCAAAUGCCAUUUCCAAAGACGACAUGCAAAGACAAACUCUCAUUCUUCAGCACUGCAUGUGAGUUAUAAAACCCCUUGUGGAAGGAGUCUACGAAACGUCGAAGAAGUUUUCCGUUACCUGCUUGAGACAGAGUGUAACUUUUUGUUUACAGAUAACUUUUCUUUCAAUACCUAUGUUCAGUUGACUCGGAAUUACCCAAAACAAGAAGAAAUUGUUUCUGAUAUGGAUAUUAGCAAUGGAGUGGAAUCGGUACCCAUUUCCUUCUGUAAUGAGAUUGACAAUAGAAAGCUUCCACAGUUUAAGUACAGAAGGACUAUGUGGCCACGUGCAUAUUACCUAAACAGCUUUACCAACAUGCUUACUGAUUCGUGUGACUGUUCUGAGGGCUGCAUAGACAUAACAAAAUGUGCAUGUCUUCAACUGACCGCAAGGAAUGCCAGGACUUGCCCCUUGUCAAGUAAUAAAAUAACCACUGGAUAUAAAUAUAAAAGACUACAGAGACAAAUACCUACUGGCAUUUAUGAAUGCAGCCUGUUAUGCAAGUGUAAUCGGCGAAUGUGUCAAAACCGAGUUGUCCAGCAUGGACCUCAAGUGAGGCUACAGGUGUUCAAAACUGAGAAGAAGGGAUGGGGAGUACGCUGCCUAGAUGACAUUGACAGAGGGACAUUUGUUUGCAUUUAUUCAGGAAGAUUACUAAGCAGAUCUAACACUGAGAAACCUAAUGCUAUUGGUGAAAAUGGAAAAGAAGAGAAUAUUAUGAAAAAUAUGUUUUCAAAAAAGAGGAAAAUAGAAGCUGCAGAUUGUGAGGUUGAAGUUAUCCCAUUAGAACUGGAAACACACAAAAGUGCUGAGACUGAGGAGUAUCUGCCUACGUUCAGUAAUAAUUUAAAAGAGCCUGUUAUAGAAAUGAAAUGUAACAAUAUUUCAAGAAUUCAAUAUCAUUCAGUCAUUAGAAGUCCUAAAGUGAAGACAGUCAUUAUUCAACGCAAUGGGAAAAGGAUGGGAUUUGCUUCCUCAGAGUCUGUCAUCUCAGAAGAUAAUGAUGGAUUUAAACCAACCCAAGUACCUCUGAACUCCAAAGCCGAGGAAAUGAAAAAGGAUUCAAGCUCCUACCAAGUUAAAGACUUUGAAGACAAUCUGCUGAUUGAAUCAGAUGUGAUAGAUAUAACUAAAUGUAGAGAAGAGACUCCAUCAGGGGGCAGAUGUAACCAAGCAACCACAUUGGAUAAACUGAAUAUUACAAAGGAGCUCAAGGCUCAAAUGCAAAAGCCCCAAGAAGAAACUCCAGCAUAUCAAAAUCAUCAAGUCUUUUGUGAAAAAGAGUUCCCAAGUGAAACCAAAAAUAUUUCACCUGAUUCUCUAAAGAAGUUCAAUAAAGGGAACAUGUUUUUAUUGGAUGCCACAAAAGAAGGGAACGUGGGCCGCUUCCUUAACCAUAGUUGUUGCCCAAAUCUUUUGGUACAGAAUGUUUUUGUAGAAACACGUGACAGAAACUUUCCAUUGGUGGCAUUCUUCACCAACAGGUAUGUGAAAGCAAGAACAGAACUAACAUGGGAUUAUGGGUAUGAAGCUGGGACUAUGCCUGAGAAAGAAAUCCUCUGCCAAUGUGGGGUUAAUAAGUGUAGAAAGAAAAUAUUAUAAAUCUGUAGCUAAUGCCUGUUGAUGAGAUUAGCUUUUCGUGCUGCAAUUAGAGCCAUGUAAGAGAACCUUCAGUCAUCAGUGGAAUUAACUUAGAUUGUGAUCCAUCAAGAGAAUUCUUUUCAGUUUACACUUGUCAGGGAAUUCAUUUGUAUGACUUAGAAUGCUAGGAACAAAAUAAGGACAUUUUCAUACACGUAGGCUCUCUAUCCUUUCUGCUGUUCAACUUUACACGAGUGGGAUGGAAGUGUAUAUUUUAUAUAAAAUACCAUUAUACAGUUUGUAACUUAUUUGUAAAUUAUGUAUUAAGAGAAACAAGUGUUACAAUAGAAUUCAGUUCUUAUUUACUUUUGUGAUUAUUAUCUUUGAGCUUAUGCCCUCAAAGGGCCAAAUUUCACAUCUUCACCUACAAAAAUCUAUGUUUAAUUCUUGGCAAGUAAUUUACCAUUAUGAGCCAUAAGGUGGGCAACAUAACCUGAGGAAUAGGUAAGAACUAACUUUACACAUUUUAUUUCCAAGUAUUUUAACAGUAGUUGGAGAAUCUCUGGCUGCAUGCAACUCUGUCUCAUCAAACCAUUUGAGUGCUAAGAGGGAGGGUUUUGGCACUCUUUGAGAUGGAACUUCUGUUCUUACUAUUCCAGUUUCAACACAGACAAGAAAAGAGGGAAUAAAAACCUGGAGGAAUUGGAAUAUUUUUGUUCUAGGUAAAGGAGAGCCAUAAGAGAAGAAUACUUAGAAACUAGUCAGACUUGGCUUACUUAGGCCCUCUAGAAGGGAUUGUGCUGGACAAGAGUUUUCACUUACCAAAACAAAACAAAGCAAUUUCACUGAGUUUGUAAAGUCUGGAACAGGUUCUCGGAUUCUCCUUGAUGUGUACGUUGCUUUUGUAGAGAAAAAAGGAGUUACACUCAGCUAUAGGUUACCCAGCCCUGAUUAUGGAGUGGAAAAGGGACUGGGAAUCUCCAAGCAUCAAAACUAAUUUUAUCCAUAACAAAGUUGUACAUUUGGCUGCCAGGAACUUCCCCCUUGGAACCCGAAGAGGAAUACUGGCUCAAAAAGAAAUAAUUGAAAGUAGUUCUGGCUUUUGAGAGGUUUUAGAUUUUUUUUUUUCUAUACUCGUUUCUGGGUUUAGUUUGGUUACUGUUCAAAUAAAACCCUAUUCUAAGUUUGGACUCAAUUUAAUUGCUUAAAAAUAUUGAACUAGAUGAAAAUUUAACUUGAAAUUGUUUUAGAGAGUGGGAAACCCAGGAACUAGAAAAAGGAGCAAAAGGUAUAACCUAAAAGCUUGUUCAGAUGAGAGAAGUUAAGUCCAUUUAUUCACAUUAAAGAUGUAGGAAUUUUAGGCUGUACACUGAAAGUGAAGAUACUUGGUAAGUAUGGGAAAUAUUUUUGUACAUAAAUCCUGACAUCUUGAUCUACUUCACAGCUGUCACCGUCCAUCAGUGUGCUAGAGAUUCCCUUUGUCUCUCUUAUCUCAGAUCUGUCCAGUUAAAUUCCAUUAUUUCCCUUUUCCUUGGUUUUCUCCCACUUACUGGUAAAGGACAUCUUCCAGUUUUUGAAAAGGAAAAUUGAGGGGUAACUAUUUUAAGACCUUGCAUGUUUGAACAUUUUAUUUUACCCUUACACUUGAUAGCUAUUUUUUCAGGAUAUAGAAUUCUUGAGUAACCUCCAUAAUACAAUUUUGAAGGCUUCUGCUAGCUUCUGAUGCUGCUGCUGUGAAAUCUGAAAAUGGUCUGAUUUAUGGCAUCCAUGGUGACUACUGAAGUCAGAUGUCAUUCUCUUCUUUAUCUUUUAGUUUUUAUAUCUCUUGAAGCUGACCGAAUUGUCUUUGUCCCAGUGUUCUGUUUCUGGUAAGGUCCAUCUUCCUCCUUCAUCCCGGGUGCUUGGUGGGAUCUUUCAAUCUGAAAUCUUUGUCCUUCAAUUCAGGGAAAUUAUCUUGAACCAUUUCUUUAACUGUUCCUCAUGUGUUCAUUCUUUCUUUCUUUAUAGAAUUCUUCUUAUUCAGCUGUUAGACUUCCAGGAUUGGCUCUCUAAUCAUCUCUCUCUCUCUCUCUCUCUCUCUCUCUUUUUUAAAAGAGUUAUGAUUUUUUUUUCUAGUUAUUUAAGUAAUCUCUACACCCAGUAUGGGGCUCAAACUUACAACCCUGAGAUCAGAAGUUGCAUGCUCUCCCAAUUAAGCCAGCCAUGUGCUCCAAAUUUUCUCUUUAUUUUCAGCUUUCGUUUUGCUGUGCUUUCUGGGAGAUUUUCUCAAUUUAAAUCUUCCAGUAUGGGGGCACCUGGGUGGCUCAGUCGGUUAAGCAUCUGCCUUUGGCUCAGGUCAUGAUCCCAG